UUAUGUUUUUCAGCGUCACAUCCCCCUGGUCGGAGGAAUGUAGAGACGGAGUGCUUUAAAAAUAGCAUCCUCUCCUGUGACAGGCGCUGCCCGGAGGCUCCGCAGCACUGUGGUGCGAGAAGCAGGAAUGCGAAGAUGGCUGCAGACCUCGGAGAGCUGCUGGUCCCGUACAUGCCCACCAUCAGGGUCCCCAGAACAGGAGACCGGGUGUUCAAGAGCGAGUGCGCCUUUUCUUUCGACUCUCCCGAGUCUGAGGGAGGCCUGUAUGUGUGCAUGAACACAUUCCUGGGCUUUGGUCGAGAACAUGUGGAGCGACAUUAUCGCAAAACAGGACAGAGCGUUUACAUGCACCUCAAACGGCACGUCAAAGAGAAAGCCACAGGAGCUGCUGGAGGCGGCGCCAUCCCCAGAAGAAGAAAUGGAAAAGUGUUUCUAGAUUUAGAGCUGAACCGUGAUUUUAACGGGGAGGACUAUGAAUACGAGGAUGAGGCCAAGCUCGUCAUUUUUCCAGACCACUUCGAGAUCCCCUUACCAAAUAUUGAGGAGUUGCCCGCUCUGGUGACCAUCGCCUGUGAUGCAGUACUCAAUGCACCAUCAGCUUACAAGAAGCAGGAGCCUGAGUCCUGGGAGGAGGAGAUCCAGGUGUCGCGGCAUGCCAGAAGCCUCAGACAGCUGGAUAACGGGGUCAGGAUCCCACCCAGUGGCUGGAAGUGUCAGAAGUGUGAGAUGAGAGAGAACCUGUGGCUGAACCUGACAGACGGAGCAGUGCUCUGUGGGAAGUGGUUCUUUGAUGGCAGCGGUGGUAACGGCCAUGCGCUGGAGCACUACAGAGAGACCAACUACCCUCUAGCUGUCAAGCUGGACACCAUCACCCCCGAUGGAGCAGACAUCUAUUCGUUUGAGGAAGAAGAAGCUGUGUUGGACCCGCACGUAUCGGAGCACCUGUCACAUUUUGGAAUAGACAUGCUACAGAUGCAGAAACGAACAGAAAACGGGCAGCACACAGACAACAAACCCCGGCCGCGGGUCAGCGAGUGGGAGGUGAUCCAAGAGUUGGGCAUGAAGCUGAAGGAGGUGUACGGCUCUGGUUAUACAGGCGUCAAAAAUCUGGGAAGCAGCUGCUACCUUAGUACGGUCAUGCAGGUCCUCUUCAGCAUCCCAGACUUCCAAAGGAUGUAUGUGGGUAAUCUUCAGAGGAUAUUUGACUACUCACCGCUCGACCCCACCCAGGACUUUGCGACUCAAAUGGCUAAACUGGGACAUGGACUGCUUUCAGGCCAGUACUCCAAACCGCCCAUGAAAUCUGAGCUCAUUGAACAGGUGAUGAAAGAAGAAUACAAGGUGUUAAACUGGCACCAGCAGAAGGGCAUCUCUGCUCGAAUGUUGAAGGCUCUGGUCAGCAGGGGACACCCAGAGUUUUCCUCCAACAGACAACAAGAUGCUCAUGAAUUCCUCCUGCACAUGAUCAACCUGGUGGAGAGGAACAACGCAGGCUCAGAGAAUCCAAGUGAUGUGUUUCGCUUCCUGGUGGAGGAGCGAGUUCAGUGCUGCCAGACUCGUCGUGUCCGUUACACUCAGCGGGUAGACUACUGCAUCCAGCUGCCCGCUCCAUUUGAGGCCGCCAGCAAUCGAGAGGAGCUACUUGCAUAUGAGGUCAAGCGUAAGGAAGCAGAAGAGAACAUGCGUCCCCCUCCUGAGCCAGUGAGGGCGCGGAUCCCUUUCACUGCUUGUCUGCAGGCCUUCACAGAGCCGGAAAAUGUUCCUGAUUUCUGGAGCUCGGCACUGCAGGCCAAGUCAGCUGGAGUCAAAACUUCCCGAUUUUCCUCGUUCCCAGAGUAUCUGGUGGUGCAGAUUAAGAAAUUCACAUUUGGAGUUGAUUGGGUGCCGAAAAAACUAGGCUUGACUGUGUCUCCUCCUCUUUCAGAUAACUCCAUGAGCUCCUUGGACUCUCCAGAAAUAGACGAGGCUGCAGUAAUGCAGCUGGCGGAGAUGGGCUUUCCGCUGGAGGCCUGCAGGAAGGCGGUGUACUACACGGGGAACAUGGGCCCUGAGAUGGCCUUCAACUGGAUCAUAGCCCAUAUGGAAGAGCCAGACUUUGCAGAGCCGCUCACUCUGCCUUCCAUGAUUGACCCCGGCCCCUCCGCCGGGGACAGCCCCACGGGCGCCGCCCCGCUGGGCAACUCGCCCCCCGAGGAGAGCAUUGCCAUCCUUACUUCGAUGGGCUUCCCCCGCACUCACAGCAUCCACGCGCUCAAAGCCACGAACAAUAAUCUUGAACGAGCUCUCGACUGGAUCUUCACCCACCCGGAGGAGGAGGAGGAGAGCGAUGCCCUUUCAGACAUGGCUGACACAGAGCCCAAUGACAACGCCUUCUCCAACUCGCACAGCGACGCCACGCUGUCCCCAGACGGAGACGCGUCGGGCCCCAGAGUCAAAGACGGACCAGGACGAUAUGAGCUCUUUGCCUUCAUCAGUCACAUGGGAGCGUCCACGAUGUCCGGACAUUAUGUUUGUCACAUCAAAAAGGAGGGACGGUGGGUGAUCUACAACGACCACAAAGUGUGUUUGUCAGAAAGACCUCCGAAGGACUUGGGCUACAUCUACUUUUACCAUCGACUGUCGAGCAGUUAAACCGCCGCUCGCUGCGCCCGUGUCCUUUACAUAACCACAGACCCAGACUGGCAGAUGUCAGUGGGAACGAUGGGAUAACCUCUCCGACCAGCUGCUUGCCUUAUUGUGAUGUCAUUCUGGAGCAACCAGGAAGUCUGGUCAGAGGGAAAGCGACGUGCUUUUUGUGUAUUAGUGUUAAGCUUUAAAUGUGUAUAUAUCAGCGUUUGUGUUCAAAGGAAGAACUUGUCUUUACAGUGUUGGUACAGAGGGAUCGGUGCAAUUUCUACGAUCGUGCUCUUUACACGACGCCAUCAAAUCUUUCUCCUCUUCUCUGCCUUCAGUCACUGUGCCGAUUUUCUUCUUUCCCAAAGUGCAUUUUAUAAAUGUGUACUUAAGUGCUUCACUGCCAGCCCUGCUCUGAACCUGCAGCAACAAACACGAAGCUGGGCUGCAGGCGGCUUGAAUGUUUUUCAUCCUGAGAAACUGGAAAGAGGAGCGAUGCUCCUUCACCAGUGCAAUCCCAAGUGCUUCAUGUAAAACAAAUAUGAAGCAAACUUCACUAAGAAAGAAAAGUUUUGGUUUUCCACACGUGGAAGUCACCGCGUGAGCUUCAGAGUGAUAAAUGGGCGUGAACUAGAUUUGUCCCGGUGAUGCUCGAGGCCGACGCGUACGUUUGUCACGUUUAAUGAAAAACCUUCAACGCCCUGAUGCGCCGGCCGAGCUGUCAGGAUAUUACGUCAUUUCUGUCCCUGUUGCACUUUUUGACUCUUUCCUGUACCUGCACUGUACUUCCAGUCACAAACUACCAGAGUGCGGCACUGCCAAGGAGAUUAUAUUCAUUUGAUUCGAUCUAAGGCCAGCCUGGCUGUCAGUCGUCCCUGUUCAGGGAGGUUACACAGUAACGCAGGCGAACCUUUUGUGUACAUACUUGUUGCUCAAAGUGCAAAAUAUCUGCAAACUCGACCGUUCCUCGGCUGCACCUGGCUCACGGUGGUUCUUUUAUCACUCUGACAGAUUCGGACUGUAACCCAGAAGCUAAAACGAUUCAGGCCACGUUUGAAUGUUUUAGAGCAAUAUGCACUAAUAACCAAAUGUGCUGUUGAGCAGCUGUAUGAGAACAGCUGUACAGUGACCUCCUCUGAAUGUAUACACUGGUGCUCGCUGCAAACAAAACACUCAGACAUGACUGUGGUGCUACAGCUGCAGCUGCAGCCACCGGCUCUCUGCUCACUUAUCUGCUCAGUAAUAUUCAUCACGUACAGGAUGGAUUAAACACUGUGCUCUUCACUGUCAGUAUCUCCAUACUUGGCUUCAUAUCUUUAUUUUUAUUCACGUUUUGUUCAUCUCGGAGAGCGCGGUCUGCUUCCGGAGUUCUGCUCAAAUUAAUCGUACUUUAUCAAACGUUCAGUUAAUAAUUUUAGGCUCUCGUGCUCAAAGGGAAGACGUGCUGUUGACAAAGAGAGUAGAAAAGAGAAGCAGAACAGCUCCACGAUGGUUUCUUUCAUUGACACAGACAAAAACACAAAUGUAAUUUAUAUAAUGAAUCCAUGUGACUCCCCUUUAACAACACUGUGCCUCGAUUUCCCCGAGCAAAUCUUAGCCUCUUACCAGAUAAACUGUUUGUCUAUGCAUCGGGGAACGCUAAACGUCUCUAUGCAAGUCUUGUGUUUGUGACAAGCUUUUGCCUAAUGAUGGGUAAACGCUCCUCGUGGUCCCGUCUUUGUGUUUCUGUCCUCUUCCUUCAGCUCCGUCGCUCCAUUCUUCUCUUGUUGAAAACUAAAGGUUCAUUUUGUCAUUUAAAAAAGGAAGAAAGGUUUUUCACUCUCAGCAUGUUAACUAGAGACAUUUAGUCAUUUGGGUUGUACCGUUGUUCUCUUGUGAGCUUCAUUUAAUGUCAAAAAGCUUCUGUUUCUAAUCUUUUUUGUGUCCGUUCUGUAGUUUUCCUGUCAGAGCUGAACUGAUGAUUUUAAGCUGACUUUUGUAAUGUACCCAAAUAUGGCUUCGGUGUAUGUGAACAGAGUCACGGCAGUACCAGUGGCACUGUUUCCUCACGAUGUUUGGAUCAUUUAAUAAACAUGUUUGUUGAGA